AUGUCCAACGCCAGUGUCCUGGUCUCUGAGUUUGUUCUACAUUGUGCAAUUGAAAAGGACAAGAUGACCUUUACCAUCAUUGCCCUGGCUCUCAUCUAUCUGGUAACGCUCUUUGGAAAUCUGAUGGUAAUUAUAGUUGUGAUAAUAAACCCUCAUCUUCACAACCCCAUGUUCUUCUACAUCGGCACCUUAGCAGUGAUCGAUAUGGUGAACAGCACUAACGUCAUUCCUCGAAUGCUGGCCGUCCUGCUAUUCAAUGCCACCGCUGUCCCUUAUGGGCCCUGCUUGCUCCAGUUUUCAAUGGUGUACUACCUUUCACUGGCUGAGGGCUUUCUUUUAUCCGUUAUGGCAUGUGAUCGCUAUUUAGCUGUUGUGUACCCCCUAAGGUAUCCUUCCAUUGCUACAAACAAGAUGGUUUGGCUCAGCAUCUUACUAAUGAAUAUAUAUGCUAUUGCCAUCCUCACCCCCUACUUGGUUUUUGCUACAGAGCUUUCAUUUUGUCGCACUAACGUCCUACCUUACUGUUUCUGUGAUUUUGUUACAAUGAUUCAUAUUUCUUGUACCGAAGACCCCAGGCACCUCACUCUUUUGUCCAGCACAACAAUAGUCACUGGUUUCGGAGGCUUAGCAGUCUGUAUCCUUUCCUACAGCAGAAUUAUUGUGGCUGCCCUGAGGAUCUCUUCAGCAGACGGGAAGAGGAAAGCUUUCAGCACGAUGUUCACACACCUUCUGGUGGUCUUUCUUUUCUAUAUGCCUCUGAUCAUUUCUUAUAUGUUGCCAGGAUUUGGAGUGCAGCUGUCUGCUGAAGCUUAUAAUGUGUUGGUCAUCAUAGCCAUUAUGGUGCCCCCCAUGAUGAAUCCUAUCAUUUACAGUUUCAGGAACAAGGAGAUCAAAAGCAGCAUCUGUAGGCUGUGUACUGGGAAACGAACAAACCCAGUCAGCCAGUAA